GCUCUCUGUUGAAAUUGUAUGCUUUUCAAAUAUGGCAGUCUUCCGGACCACACUGCUUAUGUUGCUUAUCCUCGUCUGCCUUACCACAUAUGAGCUUCACGUUCACGCUGCUGAAGGUGCCGAGGGCAGUGAAGGUGCAGUUAAAAUCGAUUGCGGUGGGAGAUGUAAAGGCAGAUGCAGCAAAUCGUCGAGGCCGAACCUCUGCUUGAGAGCAUGCAACAGCUGUUGUUCCCGAUGCAACUGUGUACCACCUGGCACAUACGGAAACCACCACCUAUGCCCUUGUUACGCCUCCAUUACCACUCGUGGUGGUCGCCUCAAGUGCCCUUGAACCUAUGCACAGAUGUACGUGGAAUUGUGCGGUGUUAUGUUCUUGAAUAAUAUAUAGACACUAGUGUUGCCUCUAGAAUCGAUCUUUUACUGUUUUGUAAUCUCUAGAGUUCUUAGAGCAACUCCAAUGGUGGAGUUGUAGAGAGAGUAUCACAGAAAAUAAAUAAUAAAAAAAUAAAAAAGUAUGAAAGAGAAUGAAACUUUUUUCUUUGUAGAGUA